AUGCCGCUGCAGGAGGAGGCCCUGCGGGAGGUGUGGGCUUCGGACAGUGGCCCUGAAGAAGAGUGGCUGAGCCCAGAGCCCCCGCUGCGCCCCAAACAGCGACCCGCCCAGGGGCAGAAGUUGAGGAAGAAGAAGUCCGAGACCCCCGAGUCCCCUGGCUCCAAGCCCCGCAAAACUGGGGAGGAAGAGGAUUCGGAGGAUUCAGAUGACGAUGAGGAGGAGGAGGAAGAGGGGAAAAAAGAGAAAAGCUCUCUGGCCCCCAAGAAACCACCCAAGGAGAGAGAGCGCAAAACCAAGGCCCUGGGCCCAAAGGGGGACCUAGGAAGCCCUGCUGUCCCUCGGAAACCACUCCAAACCAAGAAGAAGGCGGGGGAGGGGACCAAGCUGAGAAAGGCAAAGAAGAAAGGGGCUGGGGAGACUGACAAGGACCCCUCGGGGAGCCCAGCAGCCGCAGCCGUGAGGAAAAAGAUUCCAGCCACCAUGUUCCUGGUCGGGGAAGGGGGCCCGCCUGAGAAGGGUGUGAAGAAGAAAGGGCCCCCCAAAGAGGAAAAGAAGAAGAAGGAGGAAGAGGAGGAGGAAGAGGAAGAGGAGGAGGCGGCUGCUGAGAUGAAGAACAGCAACCAGAAGGGCAGAGCAAAAGGGAAAGUCAAAAAGAAGGAGGAGAGGGCCCCAUCGCCCCCUGUGGAAGUGGGUGAACCCCGGGAGUUUGUGCUGCAGCCAGCGCCCCAGGGCCGGGUGGUCCGCUGCCGGCUGACCCGGGACAAGAAGGGCAUGGACCGUGGCAUGUACCCAUCCUACUUCCUCCACCUGGACUCGGAGAAGAAGGUGUUCCUCCUGGCGGGCAGGAAACGCAAACGGAGUAAGACCGCCAACUACCUCAUCUCCAGUGACCCCACCAACCUGUCCAGGGGAGGAGAGAAUUUCAUCGGAAAGCUGAGGUCUAACCUCCUGGGUAACCGCUUCACGGUCUUUGACAACGGGCAGAACCCGCAGCGAGGCGGAGGUGUGGACGUGGAGAGCCUGCGCCAGGAGCUGGCAGCUGUGGUCUAUGAAACCAACGUUUUAGGCUUCCGAGGACCCCGUCGCAUGACCGUCAUCAUCCCUGGAAUGAACUCGGACAAUGAGAGAGUCCCUAUCCGGCCACGAAAUUCCAGCGACGGGCUGCUGGUGCGCUGGCAGAACAAGACGCUGGAAAGCCUCAUUGAGCUGCACAACAAGCCGCCCAUCUGGAAUGAAGACAGCGGCUCCUACACCCUCAACUUCCAGGGCCGGGUCACCCAGGCCUCCGUCAAGAACUUCCAGAUUGUGCAUGCUGAUGACCCCGACUACAUCGUGCUGCAGUUCGGCCGAGUGGCUGAGGACGCCUUCACCCUGGAUUACCGCUACCCGCUGUGCGCCCUGCAGGCCUUCGCCAUCGCCCUCUCCAGCUUCGACGGGAAGCUAGCCUGCGAGUGACCAGCCCCACAGCCCCUCGGCGCCGGGAAAGCAUCAGUGGGGGGCGGCGGGGUCCCUCCCUCAGCUCCCCCGGAAGGGCUCACCCCUCUGCCUCUCGGUGACCUCCGCGCACCCUCCCGCCUGGCACC